AUGACUCUGUCGCGGCUCAUCGAGUCCAGCUCAGCGGGGCCAGGUGCUGCGCGCGAGAAUAUGAUGCUCUCUAUUCUGCGGCAAGUCGCAGAGGCGCUGGAGGCGCUUCACCAGCACACUCCCGCCAUUGUCCACCGCGAUCUCAAGCCAUCGAAUAUCUUGCUAAAGCGUGACACCAGCAGCGAAGAGGUGCGCUACCACGUCUUCUUGUGCGACUUCGGCUCGGCAAAGGCGGUGAAGUCGGACACCGCCGAUUUCUCCAACCUAACGGGUGCCGCGGGGACUCGCGUGUACCAGGCGCCUGAGAUUGGCUCGCAAGCGCGCGUCACGCACAAGUGCGACGUCUACAGCUUCGGCGUGACUGCGUUCCAGCUCUUUGCCGGAGAGUCGGGUCUAGACGCGUUGGACCGCAGGCUGAAGGACACUACUCCGACAUCGAUGCUUCCGUGCUCAGAUGAUGCCCGGAGACUAAUCAACCGCUGCAUGAAUCGCGAUCGUCCGGAUGCGAGGCCCGACUUCACGGAGAUCAAGCGCAGCUUGCGGGAUAUG